AAGCACUGCCACGGUUCGGUUAAAAAUUAUAAAUAAUUCACACAUAAUCAGGCCUAAAAAAGAUAUUCCAGGAUAAGAAUUUCAAUACCAGUAAACGAACAGUGUCCUCCCCACGCAAGACCGAACACCGGAAUACAUAGACGAUGAUGGAUCAGGCCUAGAAGACGAGAGCUCCGGCUCGGGUUGGGGUGCAGGCCCAGGAGUCGACGACGAAGACGGCCGAGGAUCAGCUCGUGGGGGCAAACAACCGGGUGAAGGUAACGCAGAAGUGGUCGUCGGUGGCGCGAGGGAGACACCCUCGCGCCCAGAUCAGACUGACAUCAGCAUUUCUGGAGAAGACACCAGUCCUGACGCUGAUCACGUGCCGGCCGGAUCAAAUAUAGAGUCGGAAUCGCGGCCAGCAGAUACCGACGUCUUCAUCAUGAAUGCCAAACCGGAGGACAGAGCCACCAGCUUCUUCGCGCAGCCUGGCAUUCUCGCUGCUGUAAUCGGAGGCGCCGUGGUUGGACUGCUAUGCGCAAUCCUAGUAGUCAUGUUCAUAGUGUAUCGUAUGCGCAAGAAGGACGAGGGUUCGUAUGCCCUCGACGAGCCGAAGAGAAGCCCCGCCGCCGCUUCCUACGGGAAGGGACACAAUAACCGGGAGUUCUAUGCGUGAGACGACACCGAAUCGACAACACCACAAGUUUAUUAGUCGACCCGCCCACCGAGAUUGUCGACCAAUGGACGCGUCUCGUUUGGACCGUUACUUUUUAAAAUUUUGAAUGUUGGUACUACGUUCCAUUUCACGCACUUUUCGUUAUGCAAAUAAUCACUUAUUUCAUUAAUGUGGCGAAAUUUUAUAUGUGGCUUUGUGCGUGAAUACCACAUUCUAAGAUGAAUACUGUUUUACAAUACAUUGUUUCAAUACGAACAUACAAUGUACGGAUUGUACUGCAAUACGUACAAACCUAGUACAUAUAGUAAGGUUUGUCUCAUCGAAGAGUUAGAAUGCAAAUUAAGGGGCAGUGAAAUGUUAAAAUAAAUCAAUCUAAUGACCAAAUUUUGUAUGUAAAUUCGUGAGUUGAUGUUUUGUGUAUGGACUAGAAAAAAUAAGGCUUCACACCUUGUAAUCAACAAGUGAAGCACUGAUUAAUGUGACUAUGACAACUCGCUAAAUACUUACCUAUUACUGCGUUUUCAUCAGAAUACAUGCGACAAAACAUGUUGUAUUUACAACAUAUUUUUAACAAGAAUUUUAGUGGCAAUACUUGUGUCAAUUAUCAUUUUGUGCUAUUUGAUGAUGUUUCUCAAUAUAUGUAGUCUUUACAAGCGUUCUACAUGUGUUAUACAUGUAUAAAGUAAAAUGUUUUUGGUGAAAACGCGGUAUUACACAGACACGAUACAUAACAAAUAUACAUACCGGUAAAUAAUUUGAACACGGUUUCCUGCGUCAAAAUCGUCUAUAGCUCAAACUUCACUGAUUGUGGUGUUGUUCAAUUACUUUGCUGUGAACUAUGCUGAUAUUGACACUGAGUAUUGUUAAAUUUAGAAUACAUGUAAACAAAAUUUAAAAUACUCAAUGACUAAUACGAUGGUAGAUGCUUCACUUGUAUAUUACGCGGCUUCAUUGUUUUUUCUCGUCCAUUUUGAGUAACAGUUAUAUCCAUGUAAAUUUGCAAGCUUCGAGAC